AUGACCAGUCUCCUAACGAACGAAACGUAUCGAUGUGAGCAAUGCCAGGAGCUACAACGUUCAUUAGUAAAAACUUUGGGAGAGAAGAGGGCAUUGCUUUUACGAUUACAAAAAGAACAAGCGAGAAUAAGAAAGCUUUUGAGGGAAGCAGAAAAAGGAAGGAAGAGAGAUGGCGAGGUAUGAAGAUAACCAAGAAUUAUAGAAGGAUACAGAUUUCUGAGAUGCUCCAUUUUACUCGGCGCUUAUCAGCGCUUAUGCAUGCAAUAUGCCUGUACGAAGCUUGUUGCGUAAACCAGUGAGGCACACAGCACAGCUAUGUUUUCUUUCAUAUGUAAGGGAGACAUAGGGCAGACUGUUCAGUCGCUUUCGAUAAUAUUUAUAUUUGUAACUGGUGUCAUCGGCCUUACUUACUUCGGUAAAAAGACAGAAAUCUGCGAUUGUUUAGAACAUGUAAUAGACCGGACCAGGUCACUCCUUGCAAACUAAUGUUAAUUUAAGCGAAGCUUUAAUUGUCACACUGUACUUUGUAAUUUCUAAAGGUGGUAUUUUGGAAAGGAAACACGACUUUUUUGGCGUGUACCUUCGAAAAGGCGAAACGAAACUUUUCCUUUAGCGCUCGAUAUUUCAAAGUUUCACGUGAAAAUGGCAGUCAUGUGAAAGGAUUAGAUUAUUCGGGCGGCUCCAGGGUGUAACGGGGGUUUGUUCGUGGGGAAAAAAGCGAAGAAACAAAACAAAUCGCCGUUUUAGGUGUGACACGAAUCUCAGAGACUAAGUGCUAAAAUUAAACGCGGAUAUACUCACACCCUUACAGCAAAAAACCCGUCAGUAUAGAUACUAAAUCACGUGCAGUAUUAUCAGAAACGUACAUUAGUCUCUGGAAUUAUCUUGUAUAUUCCCAUAAUUGGGUAGUUUGACUCAAAGGAACUGAUUAGUGCAUUCAUUACUUCAAGGAUCUUAUAACAGACAACCCUGUCCAAAGUGAGCGUAAUGUUCAGAUGCUUUUUCAAAAUGUCUCAGUUACUUCAGGUGCAAGUCUUUUUCAUGAUAAUAUUUUUUAUAUUUUGUUACAUUGACAUGCAUGACUUUCACUUGUCAUAUAAUUUGAACCCAAUCUGUACCAUCUGCUAGACAAACAUGGCAGGGCAAGCUAUGAGAUAAGGGAAACCAGCUACCGGUAUUUGGAUACAAAGUCAUUUUGAUACAAGUCGUUUUGUUACGAACUGCACAAAAAAUUUUAUUCACGUCAAGUGUGGUUUGCCCGUGAGCAAGCUAAAAAACAAUUUGGGUGACUAUUCUUCGUUCUUUAAGCCAAGUGUGUGCAACUAUUUAUGCCUUGACGGAAUAAAUUUCUAUUGAAAUAAUGGGUAACUGAUAUACAGUAAGUAGUAGGUCCUUCCAAAUGGUGCAGUUUUUUUUUUCUACCAUAUUAUUGAAUAUUUAGCAUUUUUUCUUUCAUAUUAGGAGGUGCCUAAUUUAAGGGAUGUUUCAAGACCAGCGAGGGAAAGCAACGGUGAUAAUUCUUUAGAGUGGCAGCUGAACGAGGUGAGAGAGGAAUAUUAUGAUUGCUAAGAUACACACUGUAAGCAGUAUGUUUUUCACUGGAGACCUAUAACUAGCUGUUCUUAGUUCUCAAAUUAAGCCUUUGACUCUCAGCAUGAUCAGCACGUAAUUUGUCUUUAAAAAUCAAUGCUUUCAGGUAGACGAUUAAUAUUAAUCUUAAUGUUCACAUGACACUAAUAAGAGGAAAUCAGAUUUAGCUAUAGUUCUACAGUAGAACCCAGGUAACUCGAACUCUGAAAGGAAACACAAAGCAGUUUGAGUUAGCGGGGAGUUCAAGUUAUCGGGGGAAAUUUAAGUGAAAAUUUUGAUCAAGGGAGAGGAAAUUUAGUUCAAGUUAGCAGGGAAUUCGAGUUAUCUGAGUUUGAGUUAUCAAGAAUUCUACUGUAGAAAAGUUUUAUUCUGGAUGUUAUGUGCAAGUUAUCUUGACAAUAUUGUUAAAUUUUUAUGAACUCCAUUUCUUUUUCCUUCUAAGAACUGGCUUGUGAAAUAACCAUCCAUAUAUCUAUUUAUAUUUUUUUAAAGGUCAUUGAAGUUAACAGAAAAUGGAAAGAAGACUAUGAUAAUUUAAAGCGGCAAUAUGAGAUGAAAAAUGAAAGCCUUCAGAAUGAGCUGGAAGUGACUAAAGAAAAGCUUUCAAACUCACAAACGCAAGUCCUUGCACUUGGAGCUGAAGUUGACAGGCUUGCGACCACCCUAAGUCUUUUGUAUCAAAAAGAAGGCAGUUCUGCCCCUUCAGAUUUUGAUGUGGAUGAUUAUGAAAUAUUCAAACAACAGGUAUGCAGUGAAUUAUAGACAUUCUCCAGAUCAUCCAUAAAGGGUGCACUUUUAUCUUUUUUCUCAUGAUACAUGUAGUCACUUAGAAGUUGAUUGCGAUGCUUUGACAAUGCAGGGGCGGAUCUAGGGGGAGGGUGCAGGGGGUGCGCACCCCCCCUGAGACGACCUGCAGUUUUUUAAUACAACUGGUAUUCUUUAAAAACCAUGUGAUUUAUUGGUGUUGAAGUAGAGCAAGAGACGAGUGUACCCCCCCCCCCCCUAAAAAAAAUCCUGGAUCCGCCCCUGCAAUGUACUGUCAGGCGAUUGUGUCAAUUUGCUGGGCGGGACUAUUAGUGACUAUCAUGUAAGACAAACAAGAAAAACAAUCCCUUUAUACACAUACUCACUGUAUCACGAUGAAUAAUAUCUUUCAUGACAAGGAUAUUUGCAGAUCCCAGGUGUCAUGGAAAAUGUGAAUUAUCAUUUUCUAACUAAACAGAACAUUCGAUAAUACAUGUAUGUAAUACCUUUUUAGUAUCAUUGGGGUUUCAAACACAUUGUAUGAUCUUUUGAUAGUGUUUUUCUGAUGUCACUGUGUUAAAAAACUAAGUCACGUACUUGUAUACAGUGUAUACCGUGUAUUUCAUAUUUAACUAUAAGUAAAAAUCAUUUCAUUGCAGAUUCAAUUGUAUAAGGAAGAUUUUUCGAUUGAGAGAAGGGACCGGGAACGGGCACAGUCUGAAAAAGAUUAUCUUCAACAGCAGUUGAAAGAUGCACAAGAAAUCAUUGCCACACUUACCCAAGAGGUUAAUAAAGUAUUCUUCUUAAUAAUAAAUGUACUUCUAGUUUUUAUUUUAUUCAAAUACAGUGGAACUCCGUUAAUUUGGUCACCAAUGGGCCAAAAAAAUUAGAUCAUAACAUCGAGGUGACCAUAUUAACGAGGAUUUCUUUACGAGAAAAUGUAUUGUCGUUUUUGUGGGGGACCAAAAAAAGUGGCCGUGGUGGCCUUAAGGCGGGGUUCCACCGUAUAUAGUUACAUGAAUGGAACUACAGUAACAAUAAAAGACCACCGUACAUUUUUAUACCUGAUUUUUGGAUGUUUGUAGAAGAUAAUUUUAAAAUAAGUGAGAUUCGCUAAUGAAGAGUGUUUUAAUAUUAUUACCAUUAAAGGUUGACAUUUACAAGGGACAGAUGUGUCAAGAAAGGUCAAGACAGCUACGGCGUCACUCUGAUCCACGCCCUCUGCACACAUCAUGUCCCCAACUACAAAUCAUCUACCCAGUCAGUGCGCCACCAUCAGCAGCACAGCGGAGAUUGAGACAGGAACAACAAAGAAGAGUAAGUUUUGACAUUAAUUACCCCCUUCACUGCUGUGAAUUCAUGAACAGGUGAAUUUAGGAAAAUUCGUUCACAAUUAUUAUAUUCAUUCACAAUUAAAUUCUUUCAAAAUCAAACUUCUACUAUUGUUCACCUCACCAAGGAGAAAGAUAUCUUCUUGUUUAUACUUUAAAGGGUUUGAUUGUCUUUAAUAUUUGUAAGUCUUUUUGCAUCAAUAAAUCGUGACAUUUUAACAAAUUCUUCUUCUUUAGGGUAUCCUUACUCGAGGAGCAAACCAUUACACUGCACCACCAAGUCUGCUUUAUGGAGGAGAUGUGGAGGUAGAUGAUAAAAUGACUUGA